AUGGCAGACACCAAAACCCUGUCGAAAUCGCCCAAUGCAUCCUCGUCCAACGCACCACCGCCCGCCUAUGAUGGGACUGUCGACUCAUCAUCACCAUCGGCCGCGGCGCCGUUCCAGACCAGCUUCGCCUCGCUAUCGCUGCACAUGAGCGACCGCAUCCGGCUCGUGCAGUUUAGCACCGACGACGUCGCCGCUGUGCGCGGCGUCCUCCAGCAGGCCUGGCGCGAAGGCAUCCAGGCGGAGCGGCCGUACUCGGUCUCAUAUGAGUUCAAGCUGCGCGGGCGGCCGUGGAGCGGCAGCGGCACGGGCACCUACGCCGUGCCGGCCAUGCUACUAAUGCGUGACCUCUUUGCGUGCCUCUACGCCCGCGGCUGGAUCAUGACGGCCUCGACCGACGUCUCCCGCAAGGAGUUUGACAAGGACACGCUCAUCUUUCGCCGACAGGGCGGCGGUCCCGCACCCCCAGCCGCCUGGAUGGCCGUCUCGUUCAAGCAGGGUGACAAGAUUCGGCUGCUCGGCGCGCCGCAGGACCUGGCCGCGGCCGUGGGCGCCAUGCUGACCAAGAUGCAGCUGCUGCAGGCGCAGGCAGCCAAGGACGCGGGCCGCGGGCACUACGAAUUCAAAAUGCACGGAUACCCCUGGUCGGCGUCGGGCGAGGCUACCAUGACAUCGAGGCUCCUGAUUUUGAGGCUCGUCGAGGUGCUCGAGAGACACGGCUGGAGUCUGUACGCGAGCAUUGACCAGAACAGCGGUCCAUCGGGCGAUAGCAACUAUAGUGAGACGGACUGCUGGUACUGCGUCAAGUCGUCGGAUUGGACGCCUGGGAGCAUCAUCAUUCAUAGAUAG